GUAUUUUUUUGUAUAUAACAACGCAACAAAAUACCAAAAGCCAGGAAAGGAUAUGUAGAGUACAUGUGCCAAUGCACAGAAAAGGGUAUGUUGAAGUUUGAAAACGGUAGAAAAGGAGGCGUAAAUAGUAAAUAGUAAGAAUAGUAAAUGGCUGACUGACAAUAUGCUUUGGUUGGGGUCCCCAUCCCCGCGCACAUGAAAACCCAAUGGACCUCCGUCCCGACGCCCAAAAAUGGCAAAUAGCUCAGCCGAUUGCGACAUAUCUCGACGGAAACAACCAAGCUAUUAAACCUCCUCCUGUCAAAAACACUUUCCUCUAAACAGACAGCUUCUGUCACUCCCUUAAACUCAUAGGCGACCGAGACUCCCCAUUGUAUCUGAAUCAGUAUCUCUCUCACAUUUUUCUUCCAUGCAAAACAUAAGUCAAACCUAGCUCUGAAUCACAUAGCUAGGAGAAUCAUAGACGUGGCUAGACCCUAAUUUAUGACUCCUUGCGUUGACUGUUCAUUCAUUAUAUCUCCAAUUGGAUUUUGGAUUUGAUCAGGUACCGGGUGACUGAAUGGCGGAUGCUGUCAAGUGUCAGCUCUUUUUUUUUGUUUUCUUUCGUUAUCAUUAAUUUGAGCAUACUCCUAAUAAAAGAAUUUUGAAUCACCUUUUUCAAACAAUCUGAACUUUUAUCCCCAAGUCUUAGUAGAGAGAGGAAAGGGAAAAAGAUAAAGAUAGAGAGAAAGAGAAACAGGGGGACCAAGUUUGUAGCUUUUUGUUUCAAUCGUUUGUCCCUGUUUUUUUUAAUGGGGGUCAAUGUAGGAAUCAUGGAAACCAUCAAAACCCCAACCCUUUUAAGUUUCUAGGGUAAAGAUAGAAAUCUAGGUUUUGUAUUUUCUUGAAAAAUGGGGAAUGGAGACAGAAGCAGUAGUAGGGGUUUUAAUAUCGGAGGCGGAGACGAUGACUCAGGGGAAGCACCUGCACCUGCGCCUUCGGCGUUCUUGGAGUCUGAUAUCGCAAUUGGUAUAAACAUGCAACACGCUGUAUCAUCUUUUAACCUUCAUAACAAGAUCACCAAUUUCAUGCCUCCUUCUUCAUAUUAUCACCACAACCAGCUUCAAAAUCAUCAAGCUUCGACUGAAAUUGGUGGUGGCGUAGUCUUCGGAUCAGACAGUGGUGGAGCAACGGAAGUUUCAGGGAAAGUACUUUUCACUGCGACUCAGUGGCAAGAGCUUGAGAGGCAGACGAUGAUCUAUAAGUACAUUAUGGCUUCUAUCCCUGUUCCCCCUCAGCUCUUAAUACCUUAUUCCACUCAAUCCAACAAGGGGGGCAUGGACAUGAGAUUCUCAAGCGGGUCGGAUCCGGAGCCAUGGAGGUGUAGAAGAACAGAUGGAAAGAAAUGGAGAUGUUCGAGGGAUGUAGCACCUGACCAGAAAUACUGCGAGCGUCAUGCCCACAAAAGCAGACCCCGUUCAAGAAAGCCUGUGGAAAUUCAACCCCACAACACUAACAUUACAACAAACGCCCUCAACAUUACUCCUACUUCGUAUACAAAUACUCUUAUUACUUCUUCAUAUCAACAUCCCAGUUGGGCGAUCCCUGUAUCUGUAUCUUCAUCGAACCAACAAUUUCAGGAAUCAUUGAGUCACUCACCCAGAGUAGGAUCGAAAAGGAACCAUAAUUUUCCUCAAGAACAUGAAUCCCACAACAACAACAACUACAGUAAUAUUUUGGAUACUACUAGUACUGCAGGUGUUAGGAGGCAGAAUUUCAUUGAUGCUUGGUCAAGAAGUACGGGAGGAGGGGACAACUGUUCUCUUACUUUGUCGAUGCAAUGUAGUGGUGGGAUUGAUGAUGAUGAUCACAAUUUUGAAAUUGGAAUGUUGGAUGUGGAAAGAGAAGGGAAAUUACAUAACGAGUGGUUGUUGAACCAGAGUUCUUGGAUGGGUUCACGUUCAACACCUGGUGGACCAUUGGGUGAAGCAUUGGGCCUGGGUAUUGCUAGUAGUACUGUAAAUGGGCCUUUGAGUGGGCCAUCUUUUCAUGCCCAUAGUAAUAGUAGUAGUACAACUACAAGCAGCUUGUGCGAGAAUGGUGACGCACAUGGCCAUGAGCUUAGCUUCAUUAGGUGAACCUGAAACCAUGGAAAGCUAUGAUGAUCAAUGGGGUCCAUCUUGUGUGUUUGUAGUUGAAAAUUUAUGAGACUACUUGGGUUUCAUUUUACGUAACAAUUUUAUUUGCCAUAGACCAUAGUUCAUCUUUUUAUAAUGCCAAUGAAUCAUGUAGAAUGAACGACAAUUUUAUUGUUGAUUUUAGUCUUUAGUUUUUAUGCAAGAUUCUUUGUUUGCGGUC